AAUUGCAAUCUUUAGUAAAGUUUAAGCUCCGCCCCAAUCUUUGUUGGGCUACGUCCUAGAACCUUCUUUUAUCGUGAGAUUUUCUAAUGAAGGCAGAGCAUUCUUCCUGAUUAACCGGUGAUUUUUCUAUGCUUCUCUAUUUGAUUUUUAUAGGCGAAUGCAAUAUAUAUUAGUUCAACGUUCUCUGCCGGGGCAAAAAGAAACAGAGAUGGGCAAUGAGAGAAAAUGGAGACGGUGGAGGCUUUUCAUUGUAACGGGAGUGGCAGUCGCUGGUUUUCUGUUUUCUAGCAGCAGUGCUUCACAACUGGAUCAACAGAAGGAGCCUCAGCCUGUGGUAUCCAGGAUUGCUUUUGGAUCAUGCGCUAACCAGGAUACUCCUCAGCCAAUCUGGAACUCCAUAGUCAACUUCGAUCCGCAAGUUUUCAUUUGGCUUGGUGAUAACAUCUAUGGUGACAUUAGGCGUCCUUUCAAACUACUUGGUCGAGAAAGGACGGUGGGGCCAUGGAAAAAUGUUCCACGAUUCGUUCCUUCAUCUAAGCAGGAAAUGAUGCUCAAAUACAAGAGGGGCAAGACAAUUCCAGGUUAUUCUAGGCUUAGACAGAGGACCAAGGUAAUCGGUACCUGGGAUGACCAUGAUUAUGGAUUAAAUGAUGCCGGAAAGGAAUUUACUGAGAAGGCCACUAAUCAGAAGCUCCUCCUUGAUUUUUUAGAUGAACCCCUUGAUAGUCCAAGGCGCAAGCAGCAUGGUGUGUAUGCAUCAUACAUGUUCGGCCCUAUAGGUAAACAAAUUAAGGUUAUUCUAUUAGAUACUAGAUAUCACCGUGAUCCGAUGUUUAGUGAUGGAACUAUUUUGGGUGCUGCUCAAUGGACGUGGCUGGAGAGAGAGCUUAAGGGUCCGGAGUCAGCAGUUACAAUAAUUGGGUCAUCCAUUCAGGUUAUAUCAAAUCUUUCAGCAACCACCAGGCCGUUGUUCUAUUUGGAGUCUUGGGGACGUUUCCCGAAGGAGAGAGAGCUCCUCUUCAAGUUGAUUGCAGAUAGCAAGAGAAAUGGAGUUCUCUUUAUAAGCGGAGAUGUUCAUUUUGGAGAAAUUUCUCGCUUUGAUUGCGGCGUUGAGUAUCCGCUAUAUGAUAUAACCUCAAGUGGUCUUACCCAAGCUGUUGAAAGGGUACUUCCGCGACCAUUACAAUUUGCAGUGAGGUUUCUUGCGUGGGUGACGCCAUCUACAAUGAGAGUUAAGGAAAGCAACUGCAGAUACAAGUCCUGCACGUUCGGGCAACCAAAUUUUGGAGUCGUUGAAAUUGAUUGGGAUGCAACUCCAGUAAGACUUAAAAUGGAAGUGCGGGAUGCGAAUGGGGUUGCUGUAGUAGGUGUUAACAUCUCUUUGAGUUCAUUGCGUCCAGGAAACAGCGAGUAUUUAUCCAAUAGUAAUACGGGAAAGUACCAUAGGCAUUGUCUUCUGGAAGUUAGUUUGGGAUGGAUAGUCCGACAUCGGCUAGCAAUUUUGUUUUAUUGUACCUUGACUUUACUUCUUCUUGGUUCGUUGGGAACUGCUUAUGUGGCCACAUUGGCAUGCAGGAGCUGCAUCCGCAAAUGCAAGCGUGACUAACCGGGCCUUUCCCCUUUCUUUCUUCUGGCUGUUGCUGGCGACUUUUACCGAUUAGAGAUUAUUAGAAAUAGACAUUAAGAUAAAUUCACUGUAGACAGUUUCUUUUAGAUCUUUAUAUUGAAUUACAGCUUCAUCCUUUUUAAAUAUCAUAGUGUUUUUUAGAA